UCAUAGCUGUGGAAUGGGAUACAAUUUAGAAAAGCAAAAUGGGACUAAGAACUCUUCCCUUGUCACCUUCACGAAACUGUUUCCCUCCACAUGUUGGUGUAGCUCAGAACUUGUCUAACUAUAGGCCUAACAAGAGCUUCAACUUCAAAAUCUCAGCUAAAACAGAGAGUGGUAACGAGGAAGAGCCCAAGAAGAGCAAGCAAUCUUUGUUUAGCAGUGUAGCUGAAGCUCUAGAUUUCUCUCAAGUUCGGUCUGCCAAGGAUGCCGAACUUCUAGAGGAGGCUAGAGAAAACACCAGUUCUGGUGGCAGAAUGACAAGGGAGCAGUAUGGUGCUCUUCGAAGAAAAAUCGGAGGGACAUACAAGGAUUUCUUUAAAUCCUACGUUGAUGUGGACGGGCAAUAUGUUGAAGAAGGCUGGGUCGACAAAACGUGCAAGGUCUGUAAGAAAGAUACUAGCGGUGACCCAAGGCAGGUGGACAAGCUGGGAAGAUAUGUUCAUGUAGAAUGCAUGGAGAAGGCCAACUCUGGAAACUUUUUCACCAGACUUUUCUCAGGAUGAGAGGGGAUGGUACAGAGUGAAUUUUUCUUUCAAUAGUUAUGGAUAUUGCCUUGUAAUAUAGACUCAUAAUGAAGCAAUUUAUUUAUAUGUCUGAACCA